AUGGCAUUCCAGGAUGAGAUACCAAACAGUCAGCCUUCCUCGCCGGCAGUAUCGCCGUGGUAUGAUGGCACAGAUGAAAACGAGACCACCGAUCGCAAUGACUAUGCAGAAGCUACCACCUUGAACCUCAAUGCUGAGGUUGCAGAUGCGCACAAUGCAGUGCGUGGAACGAGUGACAGCAUCACUGCUCCCACCAAACACACAGACCAGCAGCCCGAAAGUCCGGUGCCGAACCACCAAGACCAGGACUCAUCACUCAAGCCAACUCCUCCGCGAAGACAGGACACGUCCCCCGUACACAAACCUCCCUCGACAAUCACUAAGCACACUUCGGCAAGUCAGGGCCGGAGGUCCUCUGCUAGACGCGUCCAGCAUCAGCACUCGUACACACCAGCGUACCUUCGCUCGCGUAUAGCUUUACUCCUAUCAUCCCUCGAGUCGACGCAUGCGGACCUCACGUCUACGCUUGCUGAGUUCGAGAAGCAGCUGAAGCUAGAACUUUCCUCAACCAUCAACGGCCAGUCUGCUCCGACCGACACCGCAUCACCAACUGAACCUCCAUCGCACAAGCAACCUCUUACCCUCACACCUGAACAAACUAUACUUCUCGCGCGCGCCUCAACCACCCUGCAGUCCCACGUCAAUCGCCUGGGCAAGUACAACGCAGUCAAGGACAUUGCGAUGGGCAUGCUGGGCAUGAUCGCCGAGCGGGAGGGCAAGACUGUGCGUGCUGUCAUGCUGGAGAGGGAGGUCGGGUUGGAGGACUGA